UCCCGCAUAGACAGCCCGUGUGCGUCUGCGCCACAGGCAGCAAUCCGCUGGCUCAUGUGAGGGCUUCAUUUUCUCCCGCUGAUUCACGAAAAAUUACACCAUUCCGCUGCGUACUGGGCGGAAUCCUCCGGGAGGUCGACACGGAGAGUGUGGCGUUGGCUGAAAUCAUAGGCGUGGUUUUGGAUGGAGAUGCUCCGUCUGCUCCCGCUGGGAUCCCCACCUGCCCUCACACCGCGUUUGUCACCGCGCCAGCUGGUAUUUUCUUCAGCUUGAGCCACCACAGCUCCAAUCUGAUUAGAUUUUGUUAUUGUCACAGGGGAUAUUGAUUUUUUUAUUCGUCUCGGGGGGUGUAGUGUAAUUACAGCGCUGUGGACGAACGGGGCGCCCGGUUUAAUCACCUCCAGAGCGAGAGGCGGCGGCGCACGGCACUUGGCGGAGAUAAACAGGAGCGGACAGCGCGUCGCUUGGCCUCCAGCAGCAGCAGCAGCAGCAGCAGUGGAAAAGCAACCACAGAGGAGACCCUGGUUCAUGUGUAGGGCUCUUCGACGCGCAGGUCGUGCCGGCAGAGGUUCGCAAGCAUGGAGAAUACACGCAAGAUGCCCAAGAGAUCGUGCUGGCUUUGCGUACUUGUAGUGGCGUCUGUUUUACUUGUAGUGGACAGCAAGAGAGCCAGGCAGCCUCGCUGUCCAGCAUCAUGUACAUGUACCAAAGAUAACGCGUUGUGCGAAAGCGCAGGACUGAUCCCUCGCAGCUUUCCCCCCGAUGUCAUAUCACUAUCAUUCGUCAAGUCUGAAUUCACUGAAAUCCCGAAAGAGAGCUUCAUCCACACGCCUGCCCUGCACCUCCUCCUCUUCACAGCCAACAACCUGGAAGCUAUUAACGAAGAUGCUUUCCUUGGUCUUCCUCAUAUGGAGUAUCUGUUCAUCGAAAACAACCAGAUCAAGUCGAUUUCACCACAUGCUUUCCGCGGACUGAAAACCUUAGUGCAUCUGAGUCUGGCCUACAAUAAUCUGGAAUCUCUGCCCAAAGAUUUGUUUAAGGGUCUUGAGGCCUUGACGAAAGUAGACUUGCGAGGGAAUCAGUUCACCUGUGACUGUAAGCUGAAGUGGUUGGUGGAGUGGAUAUACAGCACCAAUGCUACAGUGGAUCAGAUUUACUGUAAAGGCCCGGCCUCACAGCUGGACAAGAAGAUCAAUGACCUGGUGCCGCAAUCCUUCGACUGCAUCACCACAGAGUUUGCUUCCUAUCAGUCCCUGAAGUUUGAAUCCAUAUCUGUGGAGGCAUUUUCUUUUGGGAAUGACCAGUAUGUGGUGUUUGCCCAACCCUUCAUCGGGAAAUGCAGCUUUCUAGAGUGGGAUCACGUGGAGAUGGUCUUCAGAAACUAUGACGACAUUGACAGCACUUCCACAGUGAUCUGCAAACCUCUGGUCAUUGACAACCAGCUCUUUGUCAUUGUGGCUCAGCUGUUCGGUGGCUCCCACAUCUAUAAACGUGACACCUCUGCCAACAAAUUCAUCAAACUCCAAGGCAUUGACAUCCUCAAAAUCCGCAAACCAAAUGAUGUUGAGACGUUUCGCAUCGAUGGAGAGUCCUUCUUCGUCAUAGCAGACAGCUCCAAGGCUGGCUCCACCACCAUCUACAAGUGGAACGGCAAUGGCUUCUACUCCCACCAGUCACUCCACCCGUGGUACCGGGACACUGAUGUGGAGUACAUGGAGAUCUCCUCCAAACCUCACCUGAUCCUGUCCAGCAGCUCUCAGAGGCCGGUCAUCUACCAGUGGAACAAAAGCACCAAGCUGUUUGACAGACGCACCGACAUCCCAGAGAUGGAGGACGUCUACGCCGUGAAGCAUUUUCAGGUCAAAUCCGACCUCUAUAUCUGUCUAACACGCUUCAUCGGCGACUCCAAAGUGAUGCGCUGGGAUGGGGCCCUCUUUAGAGAGCUGCAGACCAUGCCCUCCCGUGGCUCCAUGGUGUUCCAGCCCUUCUCUGUGGGCACCUGGCAGUACGCAAUCCUGGGCAGCGAUUACUCUUUCACCCAGGUGUACCGCUGGGAUGCAAAGAAGGGCGAGUUUGUCCAUUUCCAGGAGGUGAACAUCCAGGCGCCGAGGGCCUUCUCUCCAGUCUCCAUAGACAACCGGCAGUUCCUGCUGGCCUCCAGUUUCAAAGGGAAAACUCAGAUUUAUGAGCACCUGGUCAUCGAUCUGAGCAAUUGAGUAAUUGUUUUCAUGACUGGUUCUCUGAGUGGUGUCUGCAACAGGUUCAGACAACACUGCAACAACAGUAGGGUGAUCCUAACUUAAGCAAGGCAGGCAUUACUCUUUUUUUUAAAAAAAAUCUUCCACUGAAAUCAGUGCAUGAUACAUGUUAUGAUAAAUACAUGUAUCUCAACCAAAUUGCAUUUGACUGAGAUGCAUGUUGAGUUCAAUGCAUGCACCUUAAGUUAGGAUUAAACCCAACAUGUUGUCAAGACAUUAAUGCAUGACCAGGGCCUCACACAGGCCGUCCCAUCCUGACAAAUGCAACAUCCAUGCUCAUUAAUCCAUUAAAUCUCGCCAGUAGGUUAUUUUUUUUGUGUUUUCAGCUUUUCAUGUGACUCAGCAAUGUUUAUAAAUUUGUAAUCUCAUAUAUUUAUCUACAGAAAGUAACGGUACUUUUUAUCCUAUUAACAUGUUUAACUGAACA